GUCAGUUCUUCCAACGCUUUCUCCCACAGAAUAAAAAAAUCAGCGAGGGACAGAGAGAGGGGAGGAAAAGAAUGGCAGCGGCUCUCUCGCUCAACGGCUCCAUCCUUCACAAGAACCCUACGAGGCCGCCCGCCGCCACUAUCUCCGCCCGGCACGCCCCCCACCACCUCGGGUGGCGAAGAAAGAGGCGGUGGUGGGGACCUGCGACGACCCUCCCUGUCCCCCGCCGGCUCCCCACCGCGCCGACCCCGCCGGCUGCCGGAUCCCGGGCAGACGACUCCUCGGCCCCGUUCGAGAUGUCCGUCGAGAGCGCCCUCAAGCUCCUCGGCGUUUCCGAGGGCGCCUCCUUCGACGACAUCCUCCGCGCCAAGAACGCCAUUCUCGCCUCCUGCAAGGACGACCAAGAGGCCGUCGCCCAGGUUGAGGCUGCAUAUGACAUGUUGCUUAUGCAGAGUUUAUCACAACGCAGGGCCGGAAAAGUUGUAAAUAGUAGCAUCCGUUAUGCUGAUGUUAAACCUGUUAGGAGUGCAGGAACAGGUGCAAUGCCAAAAUGGCUACAGAAAACAGUCAAGAAUGUUUCUGUUUCAGUUGAAGCUCCAUCUAUUGGCAAUUUCGGUGUACAGGGUGGGGUUUAUGGAGCCUUGAUGGUUUUCACGUUUGUUAGUGGUGCCUCCACUUCUUCGGCUGGGACAUACACCGGGGCUGAUGUUCCUGGGAUAAUUUUGGCUACCAGCUUUGGAGCUUCAUUGUACUUUUUGACCAAGAAGAGCAUUAGCCUAGGAAAAGCGACAAUAAUUACUGUGGGGGGCCUUGUUGUGGGUGCAGUGGUCGGAUCAGCAGUUGAGAAAUGGUUGCAGGUGGAUAUAGUCCCAUUUUUUGGCAUCCAUUCACCUGCAGUGAUUGUAAGUGAAUUUAUUCUCUUCUCACAGUUCUUGGUAUCACUUUAUCUGAGGUAGAUUAAAAAAGAAGAUCAAUUGUACCUGGUGUAAUUAAUUAAUGUCAAUUGUCCUAACUAUUUUUCAGCAAAAUAUAUGGUUGCUUCAAAUGUAUUUGAAAUGAGAAGCAAAUUGUGUAGCAGUCACUGUUACACUCUGUAUGCUGUCUUGUAAGUUGGGCAUUAGUUGUAUCUUAACUUCCAAGCUUCAUUCAUCUAUACCAGUUUAGGUUUUAUGGAUCAAA